GGCGAGGGGCACGGGGCUGCUCCCUCACGGGCCAUGCUUGUCCGCGGGGCCGAGGGCCGGUGGAGGCUGCGGCGCCCUUAGUGGGCUGGGUCGGCAUCCCGGGCCCUGACCGGCUCUCUGGGCACCUGCAGGCACUGCCGGCCCCCUGCCCUGGUCCCAGCACGAGCGCGGGCGCCCUGCGCUGAGCAUUAACGGAGGCGGCCCCUGCGCUCGGGCUGGAUCCGCGCGAGGACGCCGGGACAAGGCCGACCCGUCGUACAGACACGGCCCGGAGGCCGGCACUUGGCAGCCCCAUGCCGAGACCGCCUGGCCGUGCCCCUCUAGAGCCCAGAGCAUCUCCCAGACUCCUCUCCGCUCGCCUGCAGGUUCGGCUCCAAGCGUGCGGCUCCGACUGCCCCGCCUUCCUCCCUGCUUCUCGCCACCAGAUGCCUCUGGGAGCUCUCAAAUUACCUGCCCCCGAGGAGAACGUGGGCCUCUGAACUGGGCUGGUUUUCUUGGCCAAAUGGAUAGUGGAGCAUGGAUGAAGUUGACAGGCGGGUCGAAUCUGAAGAAUCGGGCGAUGAAGAAGGGAAGAAGCAGAGCAGUGGUCUAGUGGCAGACCUCAGUGAGCACAGCCUGAAGGAUGGAGAGGAGCCAGGGGACGAGGACCCAGAAGAAGGACAAGAGCUGCCUGUGGAUAUGGAAACCAUUAACCUGGAUAAAGAUGCAGAGGAUGUUGAUCUGAAUCAUUAUCGCAUUGGAAAAAUUGAAGGAUUUGAGGUGCUGAAGAAAGUGAAGACUCUCUGCCUCCGUCAAAAUUUAAUUAAAUGCAUUGAGAAUCUGGAGGAGUUACAGAGUCUUCGAGAGUUGGAUCUUUAUGACAACCAAAUCAAGAAGAUUGAGAAUCUGGAGGCACUGACAGAGUUGGAAAUUUUAGAUAUUUCUUUUAAUCUGCUGAGAAACAUUGAAGGAAUUGACAAGCUGACACGACUGAAAAAGCUCUUCUUGGUCAACAAUAAAAUCAAUAAAAUUGAGAACAUAAGCAACUUACGUCAACUGCAGAUGCUGGAGCUGGGGUCCAACCGCAUCCGGGCAAUUGAAAAUAUCGACACAUUAACCAAUCUGGAAAGUUUGUUUUUGGGGAAAAACAAGAUCACUAAACUUCAGAACCUGGAUGCACUUACCAACCUGACAGUCCUCAGCAUGCAGAGCAACCGGCUGACCAAGAUCGAGGGUCUGCAGAACCUGGUGAAUCUGCGAGAGCUGUACCUCAGCCACAAUGGCAUUGAAGUCAUCGAGGGCCUGGAGAACAAUAACAAACUCACGAUGUUGGACAUUGCAUCAAAUAGAAUCAAAAAGAUUGAAAACAUCAGCCAUCUAACAGAGCUACAGGAAUUCUGGAUGAACGACAAUCUCCUUGAGAGCUGGAGUGACCUCGACGAGCUGAAGGGAGCCAAGAACCUGGAGACGGUGUACCUGGAACGGAACCCCCUGCAGAAGGACCCCCAGUACAGGCGGAAGAUCAUGCUGGCCCUCCCCACCGUGCGGCAGAUCGAUGCCACCUUCGUCAGGUUCUGAAUCCUCGCUCCUCACUGGUCCUUCUCUCCAACAGAACUGCCCGGCCAUGGUUUUUUAAUCUACCCGUUGCUCCUGAAAUCAUCACUAUAGCAACAGUCACAAACCCAAUGGCAAUAAAAAGGCGCUGAGUGAUAACUGCCA